AUGCGGGAAGGGAAGACCGGUCUCUACGACGAAGGCUUGAUGCAAGUCGAGUACGCCGUGCUGUUCCCGUGCAACACCUUCGCGAUGAUGCAAGUCGCCAGCUUCUGGGUAUCGGGCCUGCCAUCCCAACUGCUUCCGGCCGAGAGCUACGCGGCGAGGCUGAAGAACGCCUCUGAACAGCGCAACAUAAUCCUUGUCCUCGGAACCUUGAACGCCUCGACGGUUUCAGGUUCAGGAAUCCUCACCAUCUUGUUUCCGUACUCGGCCAAAGUGGCCGCGGAUACGUUCAUGGCUUUGGGGUCAAUCACUGUGGUGGUCGAAUUCACCCAAUGA